GCUGCAGUCCUGGCUGUGCGGUCGUCCUGUGAGCACUCAUCGCGCCGUGAAAUGCGCCGUGGCGUCUGGUGGUAUGGGACAUCGUGGAGCCGACAGCGUGACCUAGCUAGCCUAAGGUUGGUAUGAAAACAUCAGAAAUUGUAAGGGACAGAAAUGCAUUCAAAGGGUCGAUGUAGGGCACAUCGUUUGACGUCAUAAUGAUCAGUAGGCUUCAGAGAGAACCGUAACAGAAGUGCGCACAUUUUGAAGACACUGCGGCAAUUCCCGUGAUGCGUGACCGAGAACCAGUAUGAAGGCGUCCAUUUUGUUACCCUACGAAGCUCUGAACGCUCCAGGUUGCUGCCGGCUUCAUGCCCGCCACGCGGCUAUAACCAGCGCCGUCUAUACUUUGAACAUCUCCAUCCUGGUGGUACUCCUCUACAGCUGGAGGAUCGGCGUCAACGUAAAGAAAUACGCCGAUCUGGAAGACGUCUAUUACGGAGUGCAGAUGGCCUACUGCGCAACUAUUGGCACGCAGCUCUUCAUGGUGGUGCUGAGCAUCGUCCUGCUCUUUGGCAUAUUCAAGGAGAACUCUGGGCUUGUGGUCCCUUGGAUCAUCGGCUUCAUCACGUUCAUGGCCCUAGAAGCAGUCGCCAUGGUGUACUCCAACGUUCUCAGAGACCACGUCAACCGGCAAUUCGACGCUCUUUGCAAAGCUGAAGUGGCGUUUUUCAUAUCGAGAGCAAUUCUAAACGUGGGAGCCAUCUAUGGAGUUAUGCAGUUCUAUAACAUGCUGAGAGCCGGAAUUUCAUGGAAAGAGCCGGAAGCCAUCGAACUCUGAUACCAAAAUGGCGGAAGUAAAGGAAUCAGUGACUCUGACAACGCAGAUGAUGAUGAUGAUGAUGAGGGUGAUACUGCAUUGCUACCACAUGACAGCACGAGCGAUUCUGACGUCAUUCUUGGUGAUUCAGUUUAGUGUUUCCUAAGUACAUGAAUGCUUCCAUAUUUCUUUUCGUGAAAGACAGUGAAGAAAGGAAGAGACAAACGAUUUUAAAUUUGGCUAUAAUUUGGUGCUUUUUGUGAGGCGAUACACAGCCUCUCAUUGGUAAGUUCUUCCCUACAAGUUUGAUAACGGGCUCAAAUGGAUGUGAACUGAACACAGAAUUGUGUGAGCUUAUGCCUUGUUCUGUAACAUGUACUUAAAAUUCUGGAGGUUAGAGGAAUACACGAUAAUUUACCUCGGAGGUUCAUGUUUUAAAUUUCAUGAAACAUGACGUAAUUUUCGAUAUAAAAGGAGAAUUACCUAAUAAUCAGAGCUGGACUCUGAAUUGUGUGCUUCAUUAAAUCAUAUCUUCUUCAUGUCACGUUUUAUACAUGAUAACUAUAGUCGUGUUAGUAAUAUUUAAACGCCAUAUUUUUCUUCUUAAAAAUUUUCAGGUUGUUGUCAGUGUAUGCCAAUUGUAUGAGCGAAAGAACCUUGGGCAGUUAUAUCUCACAUGAGGAAUAUUAUCUUCUGGGAUAUGAGGCAGUGCAGUCUUUAGAAUUUUACUGAUGUUUCGGAGAUCCGCACAGCCUCCAUCUUCAAGUUCCAGAAGCAAGCCAAGCAAGCAACAUGAAUUCGUUUCUCCGAAACCCAUGGAAAAAAAAAUCUUUCUUUCAAAAUGUUCCCAGCAUGGGUUUUCUUUUUCUUUCAGAAAAGUGAAAUUUCUGCCCUUAGUCCAAAAAA